AUGUCCAGUGUAUCCCACUUUCCGAUUCUCUCUCCAACCACCACCAGCACUGCCGUCUCGGCCACCAAAACCAACCGCUUCGCAUGCCACGUCAGCACUAGAAUGUCCUUGAACCAAACCACCCCUCGUGGUCCACAAUUACCAAACCCCAAAACCAUACUUUCCACCAUAACAAACCUAUUGUGGGGCCAAUCACUGCCGCCAGGACUCCUAAUCUCAACCGUCCGUACAGCCUGGAACUCCACGUGGCAACUCAUGAUGUCCCAGCUCGCUCCCUCUGAUUCCUCCGGCAGUUACACUAGACCCGCCUCCAAAUUCCGCCUAAAUCUCCCAUUUACGCUCCAAAACUCACCAAAACUUCACCUCUACGUGGGCUUACCUUGCCCAUGGGCGCACAGGACUUUGAUAGUUCGUGCCCUGAAAGGUCUGGAAGAUGCAGUCCCUGUCUCAAUUGCAGGACCGGGUCAAGAUGGAUCAUGGGAAUUCAAAGAUAUAACAACCCCAAACAGGGAUAGGAAUAUUCUUGUCCCGGGUAAGGAUAAUGCUAAUGGGUGCCAGAAUUUGAAGGGUGUGUAUGGAUUAAGGAGAGCGGGUGGGUAUGAUGGGAGAGCUACGGUGCCAAUGUUAUGGGAUGUGGAGAAGAAGGAAGUAGCGUGUAAUGAGAGUUAUGAUAUUAUUGAGUUUUUCAAUUCUGGUCUUAACGGGUUGGCCCGGAACCCAGGUUUGGAUUUAUCACCGAAGGAAUUGAAGGGAAAGAUUGAGGAGUGGAAUGGAGUAAUUUACCCUAAUGUGAACAACGGGGUUUACAGGUGUGGGUUUGCUCAAAGUCAAGAGGCAUAUGAUAGUGCAGUGAAUGGCUUAUUUACUACACUGGAGAUAGUGGAAGAUCAUUUGGCCACUUCACGAUACUUGUGUGGAGAUACGUUGACACUUGCAGACGUUUGCUUGUUCACCACUUUAAUUCGGUUUGAUAUUGUGUAUAAUGUUCUGUUUAAGUGCACAAAGAAGAAGCUGAUUGAGUAUCCUAAUCUUCAUGGCUAUUUGCGCGACAUGUAUCAAAUGCCAAAGGUUGCUGGAACCUGCAAUUUUUCUGCUAUUAUGGAUGGUUACUACAAAGUACUUUUUCCAUUGAAUCCAGGCAGCAUUUCUCCUGUUAUGCCUUCUGGAUGUGAGCAUGAAGCCCUCUCCACACCUCACAAUAGGGAGUCAUUGUCAUUGGCGAACAAAACUACGCAGGUCUCUGUUUCAUGA